AAAAAACAUCAACUUGAGAACAUUCCUUAACAAAACAAUUGUGAAAUUAAUGCAAAUAAACAAUUCAUUAAAAAACUACAAUGGGUUCUACAAAAUUAAAAGAAGAUUUAUCCAACUGUCUAAUAAAUUUUGAUCGCCGUGUUUUAUUAACUGAACUUUUGGAUGACUAUCAAAUGGCCUAUGAGGAAGUCAACAAUGUAGUGCAAAAAUUUGUGGAAGAACAGGAAAAGAAAGAUAAACUUAAAUUUGAUAAAAGAUAUAUGGUACAUGGUGUGCAGCAGGGUGAACACAAAAAGGAAAUUUAUAAAAUUGUAGAAGAACCUAAGCUUAAAGAAUGGCUAAAGAAAUUGGAAAAUGCUCAGUCAUCUUUAUACUCCGUCGAAGUGGCCGGAGGAGCCAAGGCAGCAGCAGAAGUUUUUAAGCCUAUGAGUGUAAAGGAGGGUGUUAAAUUAAAAAAUAGAAAGGGUACUAAGGCCAGUGUAACUAAUGGCGUGCCAGAAACAUCUAAACCAGCCAAAGCUGUAGAAAAGAAGGAAGUCAAACCAGAAACAAACACUCAGAAAACCAUAAAAGAAUCUCCUAGGAAAUCUUUUUCGGCCAAGAAAACAUCUCCUAAAACAGAAACCUCUCCCUCGGAUAAAAAAGCGGCAGACAAAAAAUCUGCCCAGAAAAAAGGCAUAAAUAACUUUUUUGCUCCCUCUACAGCUGCAUCCAAAAAAUCCGAAGAUUCUAAAUCAGCAAGUGCAGUGGUCAAGCCUCCUACACCCAAGAAAAUGGAAGAUUUCUUUAGGAAACAAGCAGAAAAACCUAAAACCACUACAGAAACACUUAAGAAAACAGCAGCCAAUACCUCGGUACAGCUGUUCGAUGAUGAGGAGGAGGAAGAACCCGAAGAAAUUUCAUCAGACGAAGAAGAAAAAUUGGAAGCUUUAAAACGGGAUAUUAUAACAUCCGAUGUAGAAAUGGAAGCAGACGAUGAUGAAGAGACAAAACCCUGCAACUCCAGCAAGAGGAGACGUAUUUUAGAUUCUGAUGAUGAGGAUGAAGAUCCGCCAGUUAAGCAAGAAAAAUUAGAUAUUAAAGAAGAGACAAAAGAGGAAGAAGUAGAAGCUGCUGCAGAAACUUAUUUGGAUGAAGAUGGUUUUGUUAUAACUAAAAAGCCCAAGCAAAAGGCUUCUGCUACAGCCAGCAAAUCACCAGCUCUUAAGAAAACUCCGCCAGUUACUUUGAAAGCAUCACCUAAGGAAAGUAAGAAGUCAACUUCAAGUAAGGACACAAAGGCGGCCACAAAUCCAGCAAGCAAAACUAAACAGGCGGGAAUUAUGAAUUUCUUUACUAAGAAAUAAAAUGAGUAUUAAAUGUUAAAAAGUUCUGAAGCUUUAUUUAAGUUAUAUGAAAAUGGAAUGCUAUUACGUUUCUUUUUGCUAUGAAAUAAUAAAAUAAGAUUUAAAAAAUUUAA